CGGUGCUGUCUCGAGCCUGGCCACGCGCAGGCUGUACCUCCUCUCCUGUACACGAAAUCCUAUUAUUCCACGUAAGCUAAUCCUGCCGCGCUCCCCCCCGCCCGAGGCUUGGCUUGGCGUGCACAGAAUUCUAAGCGUAGACACCCCGCAGGGUACCGGACUCCGUGGUGGGCCUGCAGGGAGCGCAGCCAGGACCCAAGGUCCGCGAGUGCAGGGGAACCACCUGAGCCAGAGCCUGCAGGACGCCGUCGCUGUCCGAGCCCCGCGCGCCGCGAUGGCCCCGGGGACCCAGUCGCUGCUGCGGCCGCUGCUGCUGUUGCUGCUGCUGCCGCUUCUGCUGCCGCCGCCGAGCGCCGAGGCGCACGUCCCCCGGAUCAGCCUGCCGCUGGGCUCCGAAGAGCGGCCGCUCCUCAGAUUCCAAGCCGACAAUGUCUCCAACUACACGGCCCUGCUGCUGAGCGGCGACGGCAAGACGCUGUAUGUGGGUGCCCGGGAGGCCCUCUUCGCGCUCAGCAGCAGCGCCAGCUUCCUGCCGGGCGGGAGGUACCAGGAGCUGCUGUGGAGCGCAGACGCCCAGAGGAAACACCAGUGCAGCUUCAAGGGCAAGGACCCGCAGCGUGACUGUCAAAACUAUAUCAAGAUCCUCCUGCCACUCAACAGCAGCCACCUGUUCGCCUGCGGCACGGGGGCCUUCAGCCCCCUGUGCACCUACAUCACGGUGGAGAACUUCACGCUGGCGCGGGACCAGGCGGGGAACGUCCUUCUGGAAGACGGCAAGGGCCGUUGUCCCUUUGACCCCAACUUCAAGUCCACGGCCCUCAUGGUUGACGGCGAGCUCUACACCGGAACGGUCAGCAACUUCCAGGGGAACGACCCGGCCAUCUCGCGGAGCCGCAGCCGCCGCCCCACCAAGACCGAGAGCUCCCUCAACUGGCUGCAAGACCCGGCGUUCGUGGCCUCAGCCUACGUCCCCGAGAGCCUGGGCAGCGUGCAAGGGGACGACGACAAGAUCUACUUCUUCUUCAGCGAGACCGGCAAGGAGUUCGAGUUCUUCGAGAACACCAUCGUGUCCCGUGUGGCCCGCAUCUGCAAGGGCGACGAGGGCGGCGGGCGCAUCCUGCAGCAGCGCUGGACGUCCUUCCUGAAGGCCCAGCUGCUGUGCUCGCGGCCCGAGGACGGCUUCCCCUUCAACGUGCUGCAGGACGUCUUCACGCUGAGCCCCGGCCCCCGGGACUGGCAGGACACCCUGUUCUAUGGGGUCUUCACGUCCCAGUGGCACGGAGGGACUGCGGAGGGCUCUGCCGUCUGCGUCUUCUCCAUGAGGGACGUGCAGAGGGUCUUCAGCGGCCUCUACAAGGAGGUGAACCGGGAGACGCAGCAGUGGUACACGGUGACCUACCCGGCGCCCACGCCCCGGCCCGGCGCGUGCAUCACCAACAGCACCCGGGAGAGGAGGAUCAACUCGUCCCUGCAGCUGCCGGACCGCGUGCUGAACUUCCUCAAGGACCACUUCCUGAUGGACGGGCAGGUCCGCAGCCGCCUGCUGCUGCUGCAGCCGCAGGCCCGCUACCAGCGCGUGGCCGUGCACCGAGUCCUCGGCCUGCACGGUGCCUAUGACGUCCUCUUCCUGGGCACUGGGGACGGCCGGCUGCACAAGGCGGUGAGCGUGGGCACCCGAGUGCACGUCGUCGAGGAACUGCAGGUCUUCCCUCCGGGCCAGCCGGUGCAGAACCUGCUCCUGGACACGGGCAGGGGACUGCUGUACGCGGCCUCCCACCUGGGUGUGGUCCAGGUGCCCGUGGCCAACUGCAGCCUGUACUGGACCUGUGGGGACUGCGUCCUGGCCCGGGACCCCUACUGCGCCUGGAGCGGCUCCAAAUGCCUGCACUUCAGCCUCUACCGCUCUGAGACGGCCUCCAGGCCGUGGGUCCAGGACAUCGAGGGGGCCGACGCCCACAACCUCUGCAACGCGUCCUCAACCAGGUCUCGGGUCGCUGUGCCAGCAGACAAGCAGCCCUGUGCGCACGUCAGGUUCCAGCCCAACACGGUGAACACCCUGGACUGCCCGCUGCUCUCCAACCUGGCGACGCGGCUGUGGCUGCAUAACGGUGUCCCCAUCAAUGGCUCCACCUCCUGCCGGGUGCUGCCCACCGGGGACCUGCUGCUGGUGGGCAGCCAGGAGGAGCUGGGCGAGUUCCAGUGCUGGUCCCUGGAGGGGAACUUCCGGCAGCUGGUGGCCAGGUACUGCCCUAAGGUGGGGGGCACGGUGGCAGGCCGCGGUGGGAAGGUGCCUCUCACGUCGCGGGUGAGCGCGCCGGCCCAGGGCAAGGCCAGCUGGGGCGCGGCCCGGUCCUACUGGACCGAGUUCCUGGUGAUGAGCGCGCUCUUCGUGUUCGCCGUGGUGCUCCUGCUUCUGUUCGUGCUCUACCGGCACCGGGACGGCAUGAAGCUCUUCCUGAAGCAGGGGGAGUGCGCCAGCGUGCACCCCAAGACCCGCCCUGUGGUGGUGCCCCCCGAGACCCGGCCGCUCAACGGCGUCGGUCCUCCGAGCACCCCGCUCGACCACCGGGGCUACCAGGCCCUGUCGGACAACGCCCCGGGGCCGCGGGUCUUCACCGAGUCGGAGAAGAGGCCGCUCAGCGUGCACGACAGCCUGGUGGAGGUGUCCCCCGUGUGCCCCCGGCCCCGGGUCCGCCUGGGCUCUGACAUCCGGGACUCUGUGGUGUGACGGCUGACCCGUGGAGGAGCCCUCCCUGGCUCCGGGGGUCGUGAAUACCCACAGGGCGCCGGCUGGACUCUGGUGCCCAGCCCCUCGGGGGCGGCGGGGCCCGCGGGCCUGCUGUGCAAGCACUGAGGCCCCUCCGACCCAGAAGCUGUGGCCCCGGAGGUCCCGGCUGAAGAUGGGCAGGCCUGCCUGGAUGGGCAGAACAGCGCUCCUGGUGUACACUGAGCCUUUGGUUUAGACAAACCACUGAAAAUGUGAAACGAGGAUGAGACCACGCAGGAUGAUGCCGCGGGUGCACAGCCGCCCCGGUUCCGCCCCCAGCCUCACGGGCCCACGGCUUCGUGGGAGCCUGGGGGACCCAUCCGACGACGUGGUGGUGCGAGACGCGAGUUGGGAACCCCUCACCAGCUGGCCUGUUCUAGCCUCCGCCUUAUUCGACUGCCGGGGGCUGCCUCGGGCUCCGUGGGUCCUGCCUGCCCGGCCGGCCCCGCUGUUACAGCCAUCGCCCCGUCGCCUCAGGGACCGGAGGGCACGCUGGCACCGCAGCCCCCGCGGGGCCCCGGGCGUGAGCCCGCUCUGGAGCCUCCGGCCUGCAUCAGGCCUUGGCCGCGUCGCCGGCGGGCUCAGCGGCAGCUCAGGAGAAUUUAUGACGAUGCUCCCCUUUCCCUCGGAAUCCUGGGAAGAGACAGUUGCCUGCCUUCCUCCGUCUGACCUGAAAACCUGUGUGACGCUGUCCCUUCUCCCACACCAGUCUUGUCUGGAGACCCAGCCCCCCCCCCCCACACACAGUUCGCCUGCCUCCACUGCCCAACUGCCCAGCACAAGGGCCCCAGUCUUUGUGGCUUUUAUAUAUAUUUUUUAAAAGAGAUGCACUUUAUGCUUGUUUUCUUGUUUCUUUUUGGUUUUUUAAAAUAAAAUCUAAAGAACUAAA